CAGUUCACAUUUUUAUUACAAGCCAUGAAGAAAAACAAUGCACAGCAGCCAGCUUUGCAUAAAGUUAUAAUGGUGGGUAGCGGUGGUGUUGGUAAAUCCGCUCUUACCCUACAGUUUAUGUAUGACGAGUUUGUCGAAGAUUAUGAACCGACGAAAGCUGAUUCGUACCGUAAAAAAGUAGUCUUGGAUGGUGAAGAAGUCCAAAUCGAUAUACUGGACACAGCCGGCCAGGAAGAUUAUGCUGCCAUCCGUGACAAUUAUUUUCGCAGUGGUGAAGGAUUUUUGUGCGUGUUUUCCAUUACAGAAGAUGAUAGUUUCCAAUCAACUAUGGAGUUUAGAGAACAAAUUCUACGAGUGAAAAAUGAUGAAAAUAUACCCUUUUUAUUAGUGGGUAAUAAAGGAGACUUGACAGAUAAACGAAAAGUGUCAUUAAACGAAGCUCAGUCUAGGGCGCAAGAAUGGGGAGUGCCAUAUGUCGAGACAUCAGCUAAGACGAGAGACAAUGUUGAUAAGGUAUUUUUUGACUUGAUGCGUGAGAUCCGUGCUCGCAAGAAAGAAGACGUGAAAGGAGCAAAUGGCAAGGGUAAAGACAAAGGCAGACGAAAGAAGCUGAAAUGUAAUAUAGUGUAAAUAGUUUGAACCCUCACCAUCUCUGAAAAUCUAAUUCUUUAUUAUUUAUUAUAAUUUUUAAUAAUAUGCAAUCAAUUAUUUUGAUUUUGAUUAUAAUGUCUUUCUCCUAAAUAUAUAUCAAGGAUUUUAAUUUUA